AUGGCGUCUCUGUCAUCUCUAGGUCUGAAUCUCCGCCUCGCCGAUAUCGAUGAGAAUCUCAAAUCUCACCCAGCGGCUCUUUCGUUCCCUAAUAGUGGCUUCGCAUUGAAUGGACCGUCAAUGAGCCAUGACUUUAUCGAUGAUGCGCCGUGUUUCGCUUACACGGAAGUGUUUGAAAGCGGGGAAGUAUUCCAAGCCGUUUCGCCUGGCUCAGGGGUCUACCUACCUCUCUACUCCUCCCCAGCUUCUCAGCCAGCUUUCACCGUCUCCAAGAGCCGCCUUACCAAAACCAUAGAGAUCGAAUACCAGAGCUUGACACUGCUGCAGUCACUUGCUAUUGCUGUGCCCUCGCCUUUUGACCUACCCGAUCUGUUGAAGAACUACGCAACUCUCAAGGCUUACUUACACCACCUGGAGAAUGUAUCGCCAUCGCACCCUACAACAGUCGAGCUCCGUCUACUCGUUCGCGACCUACUCCUAGAUAGAGCACUAUUCGCUGGAAUCGGCACUGAAGUGUACCGAUCGAGUGGCAUACUAUCUAUCGGCCAGCUUCACGACAUGCACCAACGAAGCAUAGAUGCCGGCUUGGACGACCUCGACGCCUGUUUCGCUCUAGGUUUCCUCCCAGAUGUUCUGGAUGACGCGUUCCUCGAAGCCUUGGCAUCCAAGUUUACCGAGCUUGCCCUUGCUGGUGAUCUCACUGCCUUACACGAUCUAUGCGAGCCUGUUGUCCGCACUGGUGAAGUCGAGUGGCAGACGAACCCCGACUUGCUCCUUGAAUUGCUCGACAGAGGUCGACUGGACAUCUAUCGCUAUGUUCUAGACUUGGCGUCGCGAACAAGAGACAAGUCCACAAGCCAGCCCGGGCCGUUCCUACGAGACAUAACCGACGACCCCCUUCACGUCGCCAUACGGCUUGGCCACAUUGCGCAAGCAGAGAACCUUUUACAGCAAGGGAUCACCUUUUUAGGUGUCUACGCUGACGACGAGAUGGUCGGCGGCACAGAGCAUGUAGUCUUGACACCCUUUUCUGCGGCGGUCUACUGGGACCAGGCCGAAAUUGUUCGCGCGAUACUGCUGCGAACACCCCUACCCGAGGGGCUACGAGAGGCAAUCGCCAUCGCGGUCUCUGAUGAGAACACACAGAUUAUGGAAAUCAUGCUGGCAUUUGGCGUCAUGGAUGUUCCACAGUCGACAGCUCCGGAUGAUACAUUCGACUGUUUUGCAGGCUUGAGCAUUAUGGAGGCAACUCCCGCCGCCGCAUUAUCUCGAGUGUCGUCCGGCCUGAACUGUACUGGAACCCAAGCGGACAGUUUUCCCAGUCUGACCAGUAGCAGCAAUACUAACUAUUUCAGCACGCCACGUAGCCGACGCCAUGACCAAGUGGCCGAUGCCCCCAAAGAACGAGUCCGACGGAGAUGCUCUCGCCACCGCCGGCGACUCUUGGGGCAGAGCCUGGUCUCUUCCAUGCAGACCCUGUGCUCUCAGUUCUAUGGGGCUUGUGACUGCUCGGAUCAUGAAGAGCUUCGCGAUUUAGCUGGGGACUACGUCCAUUCUAAUACAGUAUGGGAUCGUGGUCUUGGUGUAUUCCGUGGUCUGAUGCAGGAUAGUCCACCAUCGUCGCUCGAGGAGAUUUUCGACGCACUGCUGGUGGCAAAUGCCACGUAUUUAACGUUGCUUUCAAGUGACGAUUCCCUAUCUCUACAAUUUGUUGAUGACCUCGACCGGUGGCGCUCCGUUCUACCAGCAUCGUCUCAGCUCUUUUUCGAUGAGCUCGCAUUCCAACACCUGCCGCAUUUCCAAGACUUGGCUCAAAAUCUCAUCUCACUCGAGAAGCGCAAGGAGACCGUACCGUCAAAGAUUUCCUCACCUGGCAUUAGGCUUGCAGCUAUACAAAGAGCAUUCAAUGAACAAGAAACGCAUGUAGGAGUCAGUAGUAUUCAGGCCCAGACGAUACCGGGCCGAUCACAGUCGGGGCAGGCCUCCUAUGCCGGCUCAUCGACCCAACGCGAUGAUCUGGUGUGGGCGGACUUUCUACAUAUGGAACGCUUUGAGGAAGCUACUUCGAGACAGCCGGCUCCUUCGUCAUCAUUCGAUGGAGGCUGGGAAGACGCUCUCUCGUCGGCCACGAUGCUGCUCCUCUUCUCGGUGGCUUUCUCCAUCGUGCUUGCACUGAUCCUAGGCUUGCAUUCUGGAUUGGCCAACGCGUUCACCGAGACCUUCACUGCUACGCCUCCGGGAUAUCUUCGUUGCUGUGCCCUGCUAGCAGAGUACCUCAGGAUGCAUGGCAUCUCGGUUCAAUCCAGUCAAGCUGCUGGCCAGCUUUCUGUCCCACCAUUCACAGUACAAUCGCCAGCCCAUAGCUCAGACGCAUACAUCACGCCGUCGAGCAGCUUCUCUUCGCUCAGCACACUUGAACUCCGCCGAAACGUAUCGUCAUCGAGUAUAAGUGCAGCUGGUUCGACGACGUCUCGCUCGACGCCGCGCGAUCACCGAAACCGAAGCGAUAGACUGCAGUGCCUCACACCGCAAUGCACCAAGACGUUCUCGAGCGUAAGCAACCGCAACAAGCACCUUCGCGAGGGGUGCUCGUUCAAUCGCGAGAAGAGACAGAGGUAUCCGUGUAGGAACGAAAGCUGUACCAGGGUCUUGACGACAAAGUGGUAUCGAGAUACGCAUGAGAAAGAGAGAUGUCGCUUUCGGAGAGGCGACUGA